UGUUUUUGUUUGUCUCUCUCGAAUUUCUGGGACUGGUUUUGCUCGGCCCAUUUUUGUGGUGUCUCUCGUUAUUAUCGAACUUCAGUCGGUUUUUAGUCUCUCCCUAUAACUUUGAGAUGAUUUCGGAUCUCUCGACAUUGUGGUGUGAGCUCUGGUUGGCCUCUUUCUAGAAAUUUAGCAGGGUUUUGUUGUUAGAGUCGGUUUUGAUGCAGAGAGUAACCAAAUUUAAUAGUACCUAAAAAAAAAGAAGAAGAAAAUUUAAUAGGGUUUUGUUGUUAAAGGGAUUAUAGGGAUACCCAACUUUAACAGGGUCAAGUUUAACAUUCAUAGGUAUCCAACUUUAACAGGGUCAAGUUUAACAUUCAUAGGUAUCCAACUUUAACAGGGUCAAGUUUAGCAUUCAUAGGUUUUGUUGUCUAAGUUUCUUAACAGGGUCAAGUUGGUUGAUUAUGCUCGAAGAAUCAUUCACAGGUGCCAUCAAUCAUGGUUCAGCCUCUUAAAUCAAUUGAAUCUCUUCUUGAAUUUUCAUGGUGGUUUUGAGCAAGAAUUUUAAGGACCAUACUCACGCUGCAUUGAGAUUCUCUUAUAAUGCAUUAAUAAGAGGGGUGCAUGAUGGCAGUGAUAUCCCGGGCAUCUCUGUCUUAUAACAUUCAUUCAGAGCUGUUCAGUUACAGAUCUCAGAAGAAUGCAACUGUGAAUUUGGGUUGCAGUUCUGAAACUGGCAGCUCCAAUCUAGGCCAGAGCACAUGUUUUGUGAAGAAUGUUAGGGGCCCAUCUUCCCUAUCCUGGAACUCUUUGAGAGCUCGAUGGUUAUCAAGGUCACAGACCACUGGAUGGAGAAGAGCUGGUUGUUACAUUGUUGCUGCAAGUCCUCCAACAGAUGAUGCUCUAGUUGCUACAGAUCCAUUGACGAAGGAGGACCUUGUGUCUUAUCUUGCCUCUGGGUGUAAGCCAAAAGAGGCAUGGAGGAUUGGCACUGAGCAUGAGAAGUUUGGUUUUGAAUUUGGAAGUCUACGGCCUCUUAGAUAUGAUCAGAUUGCUGACUUACUCACUGGACUUGCUGAGAGGUUUGAUUGGGAUAAAGUCAUGGAAGGAGAUCAUAUUAUAGGCCUCGUACAGGGAAAGCAAAGCAUAUCAUUGGAGCCUGGUGGUCAGUUUGAGCUCAGUGGUGCUCCACUAGAAACGCUACAUCAAACUUGUGCAGAAGUCAACUCACAUCUUUAUCAGGUGAAAGCUGUAGCAGAAGACAUGGCAAUAGGUUUUCUAGGAAUAGGAUUCCAGCCAAAGUGGGGAGUGAAGGACAUCCCCAUAAUGCCCAAGGGAAGGUAUGAGAUAAUGAGGAACUACAUGCCAAGAGUUGGUACUUUGGGACUUGACAUGAUGUUCCGGACAUGCACAGUUCAGGUCAAUCUUGACUUCAUUUCAGAAUUGGAUAUGAUCAGGAAAUUUCGUGCUGGUCUUGCUUUACAACCUAUUGCAACUGCACUCUUUGCUAAUUCACCUUUCACUGAAGGAAAGCCUAAUGGCUAUCUCAGUAUGAGAAGCCAUGUUUGGUCUGAUACUGAUAACAAUCGCACAGGCAUGCUUCCAUUUGUUUUUGACGACUACUUUGGGUUUGAACGCUAUGUGGAUUAUGCUCUUGAUGUUCCUAUGUAUUUUGUCUAUCGGAAUAAGAAGUAUAUAAAUUGCAGUGGGAUGUCAUUUCGGGAUUUUAUGGCUGGUAAGCUACCUCCAAUUCCUGGAGAACUACCGACCCUCAAUGAUUGGGAGAAUCACUUAACGACAAUCUUUCCUGAAGUCCGGCUGAAGAGGUACUUGGAGAUGAGAGGUGCAGAUGGAGGCCCUUGGCGACGAUUGUGCGCAUUGCCUGCAUUUUGGGUGGGUUUGUUAUAUGAUGAGGUUGCGUUACAAACAGUAUUAGACAUGACCUAUGACUGGACAGUUGAGGAAAGACAGAUGUUAAGGACGAAGAUACCUAAGACUGGUCUGAGGACACCAUUUCGAGAUGGCUUACUGAGACAUGUUGCACAAGAUGUUGUAAAACUGGCCAAGGAAGGUUUGGAGAGAAGAGGUUACAAGGAAACUGGAUUCCUCAACGAAGUUGCCGAAGUUGUUAGAACAGGUGUGACGCCCGCAGAGAAGCUUCUAGAUUUGUAUCAUGGGAAGUGGGAAAACAGAGUCGAUCCUGUUUACGAGGAGCUCCUUUACUAGCCCUCCGCUUCCAUGGAAAUGUAGCCAUUGUUCCCUUUGUUUAUGAAUUCUCUUUUCAACCCAUCUCUCUUUCCUUUCCAAUUUCCCCUCUACGAUGCAGUUGUGCAAUUCACAUUGCAUUGUUUGUUAUAUCGUAGAACGUAUUUUCCAAAGCAACAAUGCCUUGAAUAAUUUUUUUAAAGAACGUCACGAUACACCUGCUAGCCUUUUAAAUAACAAAUAAAUUUAUAUUGAAUUUGAUUUCA